AUGCUGCGUUGCUGGGGUCAUGGUGAGUCUACUUUCGAAAACGCAUAUAUUCUCAGAUGCUUGUCGAGUGUAUCGAAUUUGUUGGUACGGAUUGCUCGUGUAAUUGUGGAAGAGCAGCGAACGAUGUUAUUUCGUCUUCUACUUGCAACAGCUGUCGUCAUUAAAGCCGCCAUAGUACAUCCGGAUACGCCAAGCUACCUGUCGCGAAAGUUGCGCGACUUACGAAUGUCAUUAACGGAUCGCGUGGCAGAGUUUCUGUCGGCAUAUCCUCAGCGGCCGUUUUCUGCAGUAGAACUGACAGGUGUGCUGGACUAUAUGGUACUGCCAUAUCUCAGCAGUUCGAAGAGCAACCGAGAUGAGACGCUCGUCGUGGCACCGUUGUCGGUCAUUAAAGCUCUGGCCGCUGUAUGUGCUUAUCCAACACACUAUCACAUUCUGGCUUUACGUUUCGAAUGGAAUGGUCAUAGUGGAGCUCUCAUGGAGCUUAUGGUGUCGCCUCUGAUUUGGCCGGGUCUUACACCACACAUGUCGAAUAUCAUUCGAAAAGCUCUCCUGAAUCUUCUAACCCUGGCAGAUGAACCCAUAGUCUUUUCUGAUUUGGAAUAUGAGGAUAUUCCUAAGAAGAGAGGCUGCAAUUACGGUACAUCCAUUGUGGUCGCCUAUAUAAAGCCAGUCAUACAGUUUCUUGCUGAUGCUGUGGAAACUUCUGUGAAAACGUUCAAUGCAAAUAAUUUGGAAUUGUUGAGCAGGUUGUCGUCAUAUACUCCAGAUGGGGACCUAGCUAGAAAGAUGGCUUCCACUAUUUUGGGUCAUCUUGAAAAGAAGAUCCCCAAAGAAGGAACUCUGAAGAAACUGCUUGACGUCAUCGCUUGCCUUAUGAGUAGUGUUACUGGGCCAGAGGAAUUCCUCAGGCGUAUAGGACCAUUGUUUUCUAAGGCAGAUGGUCGUUCAGCCCAUGAAUCGUUGGUUCGAAUAGUUGAAGGCUUGAUGGCAAAUGAUCUCGUUGAAAAGGGCGUUAGAGAAUUGCUGAAAACCGUAGUCGAUUUGGAGAGCUGGGACAAAUCACGCAUAGAUGAGCCGGACCACGAUCGUCGCCACGCUGCAUAUAAUCGGCUCAAUGAAAUAUGGGAAGGCGAUGUCUCCAUAGAUCUGAAUUUGCUGAGGAUUUUCGUGCAUACACAUUUCUAUACUCUCAAUACGACCAAGGAUAUUUCAUUACGUGCAUCAUCCGGCUCCAACCUUCGGUCUCUUAUGCAGUACUUUUCUCGGAUGCCCUAUGAACGAACGGAAAAACUCAUUUUCCUAGAUGGAGAACUGAUACACGUGUACACUGUUGGAAUGCGAUCUCAAAAUGAGAUAGUUCGAGAAGAAUGUGUGAAAUGCCUGGCUCUACUUGUGGAUUGUUUCCCAGAUCAUUCACAGUUGAAGCAAUUGACGCCAUUGAGAAAUUCCGAUGAGGAAGUUGAUUUCUUCAGCAACAUCAUUCAUAUUCAGGUCAGCAAUUCAAAUGAAUAUGGGUUAGGUUGGUGUUCAAGAGAAGAUACAUGA